AUGAGUAAGCACGAAGUUGAGGAGAUUGCUAUGCAAGCGGCCAUCAACGAUAUUAAAAGUGGAGCAAUAUCUGCACUUCGAAAAGCAGCUCGAAAAUAUGGUCUUUGUGAAACAUUAAGGAAACGGUUACAAGGAGUUCUCCCCCAAAAAAUGGCUCAUUCGAAACAACAACUUUUUAGUCCAUUACAAGAAGAUAUGAUUGCUGAAUGGAUUCUUGAAUCAGAGAAAGAAGGCACACCAAGAACUGGUAAAGACAUGGUUGGUUUAGAGGAUUUAAAAAAAAGACAUCUGGAAAUUCAUACAGUGGAUAAAAAGUUGGUAUCGAGUUUGACCAUGAAAUCAACUAGUCGUAAUCAAGCCGAGAAAUUUUUCAAUAAUUUCAACCAAUUGAUAAAUGAUAAUAAUAUUCGUCAUGAAAAUGUAUUUAGAGUUGAUGUUACAAAAUAUAUCAUGGGGAAACGGAAUAGUUUAAAACUGGUUAUACCUGGUGAUGAUAAUAAAAUCUAUGUUCAAUCUUUUGAAGGCUAUGAUACUUGUACAGUGAUUGAAGCCGUUGGUAUGACAGGUAAUGAUGGUCCAAUAGGUAUUGUAUUCAGUGGAACCGACUUGAAAUCCAAAUGGAUCAAUGGAGGAUAUUUUAAAGCAAGACACCAAUUGAAUAUAUCUCCAGAAAAGAUUAUUGAUUGUUGGGCUACUACAGGGAUGUAUCCAAAUAAUAUUCGAAAAGUUGUGAGUUUAUCAAGAGAUUUAGUUGCAAAACUCAAUACUGAAACUGAGAAAAAAAAAAGAAGAGCUAAUACCACCACUAGUAAAGGACAUGAAACUCCUUGGGUUGAAGAUAUCCAUGAACAUACACAAGAAGUUAUGGCCAAAUUGGAAAUUAUGGAAAAUUGCAAAAGGGUGUCGAGGAAAAAAGAAAGAAAGUAG